UUCAACUCCAAUACCCAAGCUUUUAUGUUUCCAGUGUCAUAGUUGAAUUCCAGUAAGAUAGUGCACGAGAGGCUCUCUCCCUCUCUCUCACAUUUGUCGCCUGAAUUUGAGUAAGCAGAGAUGGCAGUGCUGAGUGCUUCCAGCAAUUUAGUAUCCAGAAGUACUCAUGUCAAUCAUGGACCAUCUGUUUCAUCUGAUUCUAAAGUGACUUCGGUUGGAAUAAGGUUUCUAAAGCAGACAAAUACUCAUAAUGGACUAAGAAUUUUGAACCCAGUGGAUGAGCUGCUAGACAGUACUCCAAUAAAAGCUAGUGCACGACAAACUAGGACAAAGGCUUUUAAAUGCAAGGACACGAAGCCUUCAGGUGUCAUCGUCUGUGGCAUGAAUUUGAUCUUCGUGGGAACUGAGGUUUCUCCAUGGAGCAAAACUGGUGGGCUUGGGGAUGUUCUUGGAGGUCUCCCACCAGCAAUGGCAGCUAACGGGCACCGAGUUAUGACUAUAGCUCCACGUUAUGACCAAUACAAAGAUGCAUGGGAUACAAAUGUUGUAAUUGAGGUAAAAGUAGGCGACAGAGUUGAGAAAGUUCGCUUCUUCCAUUGCUACAAAAGAGGAGUUGACCGUAUCUUUGUGGACCAUCCAAUGUUCCUUGAAAAAGUGUGGGGAAAAACUGGAACCAAAUUGUAUGGACCAUAUACAGGAGAGGAUUAUGAGGACAACCAACUACGCUUCAGCUUAUUCUGCCAGGCAGCCUUGGAAGCACCUAGGGUUCUGAAUCUGAACAGCAGUAGUUAUUUCUCUGGACCAUAUGGUGAAGAUGUCAUAUUCAUUGCCAAUGAUUGGCACACUGCCCUUCUCCCCUGCUACUUAAAAUCUAUGUACAAGCCGUUUAGCAUUUAUAAGAAUGCCCAAGUUGCUUUCUGUAUACAUAACAUUGCUUACCAAGGCAGAUUUGCAUUCAAUGCCUUUUCGCUUCUCAAUCUCCCCAGUCAGUUCAGAAGCUCCUUUGACUUCAUUGAUGGGCAUAUUAAACCAGUGGUAGGAAGGAAAAUAAAUUGGAUGAAAGCUGGAAUUCUAGAAUCAAGCCUGGUGUUAACAGUUAGUCCAUAUUAUGCCAUUGAACUUGCUUCAGGCGUUGACAAAGGAGUAGAGUUGGAUCACAUCAUUCGCAGAACUGGCAUUAUUGGGAUUAUCAAUGGCAUGGACGUCCAGGAGUGGAAUCCAUCCGCUGACAAAUACAUAAACCUCAAAUACAAUGCUUCAACUGCAUUGACAGCAAAGCCUCUUUUGAAAGAAGCUCUCCAAGCAGAAGUUGGAUUGCCAGUAGACAAAGAUGUUCCUCUCAUUGUUUUCAUUGGUAGGCUUGAAGAGCAGAAAGGUUCUGAUAUUCUUGUAGAAGCCAUCCCCCAAUUUAUUGAGGAGAAUGUUCAGUUAGUAGCCCUUGGAACAGGCAAGAAACAAAUGGAAAAGCAGCUUCAGCAGCUGGAGAUAUUGUACCCUGACAAGGCCCGAGGAGUGGCAAAAUUCAAUGUUCCCUUAGCCCAUAUGAUGAUAGCUGGUGCAGAUUAUAUAUUGGUUCCUAGUAGAUUUGAACCUUGUGGGCUCAUACAGUUGCAAGCCAUGCGCUAUGGAACUGUACCUCUCGUUGCCUCGACUGGUGGAUUAGUCGAUACAGUGAAGGAAGGUUUCACCGGAUUUCAGAUGGGUCCCUUCAAUGUUGAAUGUGAAGCUGUGGAUCCUGCAGAUGCAGCCGCUCUGGCUAGCAAUGUCAAAAGGGCCCUUAAAGUUUAUGGAACUCCAGUUUUUGUAGAAAUGAUCAGGAAUUGCAUGGCUCAAGAUCUUUCCUGGAAGGGACCUGCCAAGAAGUGGGAGGAGGUUUUGCUUAGCUUGGGAGUUGCUGGAAGCGAACCUGGGAUUGAUGGAGAAGAAAUUGCUCCACAAGCGAAGGAAAACGUGGCAACUCCCUGAGAAUCACCUAGAAAAGGAUCUUAAGCUUGAAUGGAGAGAGCUCAAUUUAAAUUAUAUCUGCGGGAUAAAAAAAAGCCUGGUCCCCCCUUUAAAGGACAGCGUCUAGAAUUGCGUGCCUGAUGUAUGGGGUCGAAAUUGGAUUCAGACUUCAGUUGCCAGAAAUCCGCAGAACAGUAGAAGAAAGAAAUCCUGGAUUGAAGAAGACGACCCUAAACAUGUAAUCAAAUUUUAUCAUUUAUCUUAGCAAUGCAUGGAUCAUUCACCAUUUUUUUUACCAAUA